UAUGCUCAUAAAUAGUCCUUAUAAAAACUCGGUUAACAGAUUUAUCCAACUGGAUACAUAAGUUUAUAAUAUAUAUAUAUACAUAGAGGUACAUUUAUUUACAAAUAUUUAAAAGUCAGAAAGAACUUGACAUUUUUUUUUGAAUAUGAGGAAUAAAGAAGUUUUCUCUUAUCAACAAGAACGUGAUUAUAUUGAUGAUUGUUUACGUCAUGUUGGAAGUAAACAGCAUUUAUUUUAUGAAACACAUAUUUGUACAAUAUUUCGUGUAAAUGCUGGUCCAGCAGAACAUUUUUCUGAAACAAGAGCAUUAUAUCUAUUACAAAAAUAUCGUCGUAAACGACAAUCUCAUUGUACUGGAAGUUUAUUAGAAGAUCGUAUUAGUUUUGAACGAAAUAAAGCAUCUGGUAAGAUACCAUUUCGUCCAUGGGUAACAUAUAAAGAAAUUAAAGAAAUAUAUAUAAAUAGAGCUACUCCACAUUUUUUUGUACUAUGCAUUGAUUCUAUGUAUAGUUCUAUGAGAUAUUAUGAAAUAUAUAAAUGUAAAAUUCCUGAAACAGCACAAACAGUUUGUGAAUAUCUUAGACGAGCAAUGAAUGAUACAGAUAAAGUAUUACGUGAUUUAACAUCUAUUCGACAAGUUUACGUUGAUGAUGUGGGUCGUGUACGUUCAGUAAGUAAUUUUGAAAUUGAAAACAAUCGUGCAACAAUUUCAAUACCUGAGAAUAAUCAAAAUUAUUAUGCACAUAAUAAUAUUAGCCCUGUUUAUAUACCAUCACCAGUUAUGGUUUCACCAGUUAAACAAAGUUAUAGUCCAUCACUUAAUGCCAGUGCUAAACGUCGAACUAUUGACAAUUUACAUGAUGUAACUUAUCUCACUUAUGAUCCACAUAAAGGUAUAAUAACCAACAGAUAUGGUCCAGUUUAUUUAUAUUUGUAUAGACCAAAAAGUCAAGGAACUUUGGGAAAUAAUUCCAUUUACUCAGAUAGACGAAGUAGUUAUAGUUAUGGAAAUGAAGAUCAUCAUAGAAACUCACCAUACAGGUAUUAAAAUAAAUCAAACGAUUAACUAUUUCAUAUAUAUUCAUUCAUAAAUCACAUAAUGGUAAUAUUCUUUUAAAGAAAACAAAUAUUUCAAUGGUGUUUUGUAUUUAUUUCUCAAAACUUAUGUAUCAAUCUACAAAUACUUUAAAAUCAUUUAUUGAUUGACUUUCGAUAUCAUUUUGGUUUUUCGAUCACCCUUUUUUUUUAACUUCCAUUACACUAUUCAUCUAUACUCAAAUAUAUAAAUUCUUUUUGUUUUCUAAAUCAAAAAAAAAAGAACAAGCCAUAGAUACAAUAAUAAUCAAUACUAUCACUAUUUCAAAUAGUUUCGUUGUUGGCUCAUAUCAUUGACCAUAUGUAUAUAUAAAUCUGUAAAAGCAAAAGUAAUUUUCAGAUUGUAACCAUGGUCAAAUAUUUUCGUUCAAAAAACCAACAACAAAAAAUAAUGAUAAAGUAUUAAAAAAAAGUUAAUUAAAAGUUUAUAAGUAAUGAAAAUAUAAAAUGAUUAUUUAUUUAACGAAAUAUACUAAUGGUAGAUAAUUAAUGUAAACUGAAUAGAAAACAAAUGGAAUAAAUCUAUAUAUCUAUAUUUGAAUGAUUGUGUUUUAUGUUAACAGAAUAUACGUAGAUAUUACUUUUGAUAAAAUGUUGUUACUAACUUCAAAACUUUACAUUAUCACUGUUGUUUCUUUACUUUUUUUUUCUAUUUCUUUUUCAUUCUUAAAAAAAAAAGAAGCCACUCAGUUGUAGUAGUUUUUUUUUUAUUCAACAAAACAUGUAUCCUCAACAACUGAAAUACAAUUAGAUAUUAUGAAUUGGAUUAUUGGUUUAUAUCUUUUCUUUAUAUAAUAUAAAAACAUAAUAUAUGUUCAUUUAAGUGAACAUUU